AUGUUCAUCUCCGUCGGGUCUACUCGAAGCACUGAACGCCCUCUGUCCAGAGAAGCUGAUGACCAGAUCCUUUCCCUGAUGCGAUCUAUCGUUGUUUCUUUUCACCAGCUCUCUUUUUCUUUCAUCUUUAACAUCUCAUGCUGCAACACAGACGGGUGCAAUGUUGCUAAACAAAGCACUAUGAUCCCUGCUGGCUCCCUGCAGUGUUACAGCUGUAACCACAACGGGAGUGAAUGCACAGCUAAUUUGACUUGUAACGAAAUAGAGGUCUGCUCUAUGACUCCUGGAAACAACUCCAGACAACUUUACGGAUGCAUCUCAAAGAAUUUUUGUAACAACAUCACCAUGUCGCAAACAUUCUUUAGAAACUGUUUUUUUAUCCAACUGUGUGGGUGGGUGUGCAUGUAUGGGUGGCUGCCGUCUGUUGGAGGGGUUCCGUCUGUUUGGUGGCUGGGAUUGGGCCAUGUUUUCGAUUAA